AUGAAGAGAGCAAGAGAAAAUGGACAGAUGAUGGAGCAAUUAGCCAUGGCGAACGGCCUGAUGUUGCUCUCUUACAGCGUUGAAACGAAGCAGAUAAUGGAAGUAUAUGAGUGCAAGACUUGCAAUCGGCAGUUUCCAUCGUUCCAAGCGCUUGGAGGCCACCGCACAAGCCACCACAAACGGCCAAGAUUAAUGGGAGGCAACAAGGUCGAUGGUGAGAAGAAAUUAUUGAGUUUGGAACCGAAACUACACAAGUGCUCCAUAUGUGGACAAGAGUUUGCUGUGGGGCAAGCUUUGGGUGGUCACAUGAGGCGCCACAAAGCCCCCACCAUGGGUGAAAGUUUGAGUUCUGAUAAGUUGCCGAUGUCAGUGAGAGCGCAUAGCCGGAGGAUUUUUGGGUUGGACUUGAACUUGACUCCUUUAGAGAAUGAUUUGGAGUUCUUGUUUGGAAAGAAAGCGCCUAAGAUUGAUCUUUUUAUUUGAUCAUAUAGCUUAAUUAAUUUCAACCCACACUUGUAUUCUUUUUCCUUUUUUUUUUUUUUUAAAUUAGUCACAUUUUUUAUUCAUUUAA